AUGAUUAUAGAAAUUAAAUAAUUUUUAAAUGGUGAAAAUAAUGAUAUUCCUAACAAAAUUUAUGAGAUAUCUCAAACUGAGGAAGGCUUCAAAUUCUGGAAGAAUGUUAUUUUUAAAUUGAGAAAAUUGAACAACUUAUAAAUUGAAAAAGUAUAUAAUCUAUUUGAAACAUCCUAUAUUAAAAAUUUCCCUGAGAUUUCAACUGAAGAAAAACUAACUGAAUAUUUAUAGUUGUGUAGAUUAUGUUCAAAUUUCACUGAAGGUAAAUACAUAAAAUUUGAAGAGAUUUAUAAUAAAUUACUAUAAUAAUAAAAAGUGUUUAUUUAUGACAAAUUACUUGUAUUAGGAGAAUAUUAAUUUAUUCAUGAAAGACUUACAGAAGAAUAAAUUAGUUAGGUUAAAUCAUUAUACUUAAAGAAAUUUCUGAAAUAUAUUCUUCUUAAUAAAUUAGAUGAAUACAUUAAAUAUUUAUCACUUAUAAAAUAAAAUUCAUAAUUAUUGUUAAAAUUAGCUCUAAAUGCUAAAGUAAAAUAAAACACAGAAUCUAUUUUAUAUGAUAUAUCUAAAUAAACAAUUAUACAUAAAGAUUUGUUUGAUAGUUUAAUACUUAAUUGGAGUAAUAAAAAUUUUAUUAAACAUGCAUCAUAUAAAACUUAAUUAUAUUGUAGUAAUUUAAUUAUUUUAUUUAUUAACGAUGGAUUUAAUAAUGAUUUAAUACAUGAUGGAAUUUAAAAAAGAUUAAAUACAUAGGCUAAUAUUCCAAGAAAAUGUGGAAUUUUAGUAUGGAAAGCUUUUGUUAAAUCAUUAAAUCUUGAAGUAGAAGAUGGUUUUGAUGAAUUAAAUGAUGAUGAAGUAGAUGAAGUAUGGAAUGAAAGAAAAAAAGAAGAAAUUAUUAAAUAAGAAAAUUAAACCUAAAUUAUAUAGCCUACUUAAGAAUUUCAUGUAAUUUAAUAUCAUAUUUAUUUAAGGAUUUUGAAAUAGAUAAUGAUGAAAAUGAAUAACCUCUUUUAUUAAAAAAUCUUUAUGAUUGUAUUCUUGCAUUAAGAAGUGAAGAUUAUAUUAGAAUAGAUUAAGCUUUAAAACAUCUUCCAUAUAUCAUUAGAAAUAGCUUAGAUUUACAUAUCCAUGGAUAAACUUUAUGUGACAUUCUCAUCUUAAAUAGAGAUUGGAAAAAUAGUCAAGAAGAAAUGAGAAUUAAAGCUUUAGUUGCUUUAUCUAUUAUGAGAUCUUAAAUAACUGAUCAUUUAAUUGAAGUAUAUUUUAGUGAAGAAAUUUCAAUAAUGCAGAGAAUCUAUAUAUUGAAGAUUAUUAGAGAAUCAGCCAUUGAACUUUCAUCUAAUCCAAAUAAAUAUUAAUUAGAAAAUUACAACCAUUUCGAUAAAUCUUAAAAUGACUCUUUUUACUUUAAAUAGAUUAGUACUACAUAUAAAACUGAAGAACAAUCUGUUAUUAAAAUUAGACCAGUUCCAUAAUCUAGAAGAUGGGGACACACUAAAAGAGCUUAUGAAGGACUUUAAAUUGUUUCACCAUAUAUUAAUCGUUUUCAUUAAUUAACAGAACAUUUUUAUUUCCCUUUAUUGAUUUAUUCAUAAUCUAAACAUAAAUUAUUAUUGACUAGAGAACCAUUAUUAAUGUUAAAUUUCUUAGAAGUGCUUUUGAGGAUGUUGGAUUGUGGUUAGAAUGCCUUACAUAUUUCAAAAAUGGUUUCAGAGGCUUUCGACUUUUUGUUGAUUUUUGAUAAAAAUAAAAAUAUUGAAAUAAUAUUAAUGAAGUUAAGAAUAAUACUGAAAAUUACUAUUCUUCUUAAAGGAUAAUUUGAUGAUAGAUUAGAAAAGAUAUUAUAAUCAUUAAAGUAUGACGAUCCUUAAGCUAAAUAAUUAUAUGAUUUAAUAUUAUAAAAUUUAGGAUUUUGA